AUGAUCACGGAACUCGGUGGCAUCACUGGCUUAUUUGUUCUAGAUGGCAUCACCCACAAUUUUAUUAAUAGACGCAAACUCGCCCGUUACAAAUGCCAGGCGACAUACUUUAACCCCGAUACCGAUGCGAAGUAUGCUGUAGUUCAUGAGAUCGACCUUUCAAACGUGGGGUCUUUUAUUGCACGUUAUCCCAUGCCAGAUGACGUGGUUCCAGUUAUAGAAGAAGAGGGAAUGGAGCUGCAGGGAUGUUUUAUCGGGGCCUGCACUACCACUGAGGAAGACCUGAUCCUCGGUGCUCUGGUAAUGGAACAAGCAAUGAAAAGAGGACUAAGGCCUACCGCAAAGGGGAAGAGGAAGGUUGUUCCCGGUUCAAUGCCAAUACUCCAUCGCUUACGUGAACUGGGGUUAUGUGAUAUAUAUGCGGACGCAGGAUUUGAGAUCGGCAACCCAGGGUGCAGUUAUUGUGUCGGCAUGUCAGCCGAUCAGGCGGCCCCAGGAGAGGUCUGGAUUUCAUCUCAAAAUCGAAAUUUCAAAAACCGAAUGGGAAAAGGGUCGGUUGGUCAUCUCGCAUCUGCAGCCACUGUUGCAGCAUCGUCAUUUGAAAUGAAGCUGGUUGAUCCCAGUGAUCUACUUGCUGCAAUCGAUUUAAGCCGAUGGGACCGUCUGAGGAUGUCAACAAAUUUGGAUGCAAUUAGCUUCAAGACGGGCCUGGCAUAUGUUGAGCCAUGUGGUUGUGGUGAUCAUCCUAGUGCCAAGAGCCAGAGAGAGCAACCAAAAGAGCAAAGGCGACCCGAUAAACAUGGGGAUAAACAGACAAAAAUUCUUCAAGGCAAAGCGCAAAGGCUAGGAAAUUUCAUCGACACGGAUGCACUGGCCCCUGCCGAGUUUCUGAUUGGCAUGAAAAAUAAUGUGGACGCUGGCAAGUGUUGUUUGAUGCAUACACAUCCAAAAUUCCGCGAUCGAGCCCACCAGGGGUUCAAUAUUGUUGUUGGUGCCAAAUCGUUUGCGUUCAUCUUCCAACGCAAUAUGCCAAACCUCGGGCGCCUAGGCAUCACAAUGGAAGAUGAAUCCUUCUUUCAAAUUGCGAAUGAUGGAAUGUCAACCUGCAUCAAUUUAGAUUCAAGGAUUAUCGAAGUCGGUGGUAAGACAUUCGGAUUCAAACUCAGUCAAAUGGAAAGCGAGAUCUAUCAAUUUGGUGGGAUUGCUUCGGCUUUUGGACUCUUCGGAAAAAGCCUACUAGAGGCAAUGAUCCCAGCCAAAUAUUCUCUUGGGGCUGAAAAGGAGCAAGUAGGUCAGCCGGAUAAACGAUUGGAAUGUGCGGAUAACGCUCGAACGGACGGAAGAUGGGAGGUCAUUGCGGGAAGUUUGUAUAUGUUCCGGGCAAUCCUGGUCAUUGGAGGAAACGAUCAUGGGAAAAACGGAGAAAGAAGGAGGGCUGUUAACUAG